GCCAGGCACUGGUCAGCCAGAAGCCUGUCUGACAAGCGCGGUGCAGUCGCGAUUUCGUGUCGUGAGUGCACCCGUCGAACAUAUCCAUGGCGUCCGGCAGUACCGAAGACCUUGGUUACAUCUGGGAAGAGGAUGCUUGUCCCGACGAUCCUCCUACCGUCCCAAUCUACCGCUUCAUCAGACGACGCAGACACAAUUAUCCUAGUGAAUAUAUAGAAGAAAUCGUCGUACCAAGUCGGUGCGUAGGAAAAAUCAUUGGAAGAAGUGGCAACAACGUCCGGAAGAUCGAGCAAGACACGCGUACUUGCAUUACGGUCAUAAAAGAAUUCGUUGGUUCUUUUGAAACCACCCUGGAGAUUGCGGGAAGAGAAGAAGCACGCCGGAAAGCACGAGACAGCAUCGAAAAACUGACACAGCGACCGCCACUUGAAACGUGCUUCAAGAAAAAAGACCCCGACAUGAAGGAAAAAGAACUACCUCUGCUUAACUGGGACGAGCUGCUUGCCAGGAGUGAUGAGGAAAAGAGAACGGGCUGGGCCAAUUUCCCACCGGCAGUUCAGAGUGUGUCGCAAAAUAUCAUUCUUUGCGACGAGAGUGAAAAAAGACACCACCUUCUCACUUUCCUUGGCUGUAUUCAGCCUGAACACAAGGUGAUCGUCUUUGUGGGCACUAAUGCAAUGGUGGACCGGCUGACGGGCGAACUUGUCUUGUCUGGGACCGACUGCGACUCUAUUCACGGCGACCGUGAGCAAAGUGACCGUGAACGGGCAAUCGAAGACCUGCAGAGCGGGAAGAUCCGAAUUCUGAUCUCUACCGACGUGGCAGCCCGAGGACUAGACAUCAAGGACGUAACUCACAUCUUCAAUUUUGAUUUUGGCAACAUUGAUGAGUAUGUCCACCGCGUGGGAAGGACCGGACGAGCAGGAUGGUUUGGAGAAGCGGUAACUUUGUUUACUCGCAAUGACUGGAUGCAUGCUCCCGAGCUGGUCCGCAUUCUCCAAGAAGCGAAGCAGGUGGUGCCGGCCGCACUCUGCAAAAUGGCUGCGAGGUACGACAGUCGUUAUUCUAGGCGUCAGCAUGCUGACCGCCAGCACCGCUGAGAAGAAAUUAAGCGGUCAAACUGUUGGGCUAGUGG